AGAAGGAGAGCCGUAAAGUGUGAUGUUUUGGGACGGGGAGGUCAUUGGAAAGUAAGGGGCUUGGUUAAUUUGGGGGGGACAGAUUUUUCCUUAAUUAAAGCAUAUAUUGGACCCCUUCGUGAGCGGACAGCACGCUGGUGGUUAGUGUCUAGUCGGUUAAGUGUAUCUUUAGCUUGUUACGGAAUAACAAUACGAGGAAAUGUUACGGUUGGCGGUGCGGCGGUUGAGGAAUCCUGUAAUACUCGACCGAUGCGGUCUUCAGCUGGGCCCCUCGGGGGGUUCGAGGACCGGCCAGUCUCCGUGUCACAGGUACCACUGCGGAGCUGCCAGCCGGGCCCGCCCGUACUCCUGUGCAGCCGCCGUCAGACGCGCCUCCGGCAACGGGGGGCUGUUGCUGCAAGAUGACCGCAUUUCGGGCCGUUGCCGGGGCCGGCGCUUCUACUCCUUACCGGCCCACCAGAAGGUGCAGUUACCGGCACUGUCUCCCACAAUGCAGCUGGGCACCAUUGCACGCUGGGAAAAGAAAGAAGGCGAUAAAAUUAACGAGGGCGACCUGAUAGCAGAGGUGGAGACGGACAAGGCCACCGUGGGCUUCGAGAUGCUGGAGGAGUGUUACCUGGCUAAGAUACUGGUACCUGAGGGUACAAGAGAUGUGCCCAUCGGAGCAGUCAUCUGUAUCACUGUGGACAGCCCUGACCUCAUCCCCGCUUUUAAGGACUACACGCUGGACAAGGCCUCGGCCGCCCCUGCCCCUGCUGCUGCCCCCCCGCCUCCAGCUCCGCCUUCACCCGCUGCUGCCAUGCCCCCACAGGCCCCUGGGAGCUCCUACCCCCCACACCUCAAGAUCUUACUGCCUGCUCUCUCGCCUACCAUGACCAUGGGCACUGUACAGCGCUGGGAGAAGAAGGUGGGGGAGAAGCUCGGUGAAGGAGAUCUGUUGGCUGAGAUCGAGACGGACAAGGCCACCAUUGGGUUUGAGGUACAGGAGGAAGGCUACCUGGCCAAGAUCCUGGUGACCGAGGGCACACGGGAUGUCCCCCUGGGUACUCCCCUCUGCAUCAUCGUGGAAAAGGAAGCCGACAUCAAAGCCUUCGCCCAAUAUGUGGAGACGGGUGUGGCUGAGAUCAAGGUCCCACCUCCUACUCCCAUCUCGGUGGUACCCCCAUCAGCUCCGGCUCCCACGCCCGCCCCUGCCACAGCCGUGCCUGCCGCUGCCAGGAAGGGCAGAGUGUUCGCCAGCCCACUGGCCAAGAAGCUGGCGGCUGAGAAGGGAAUCGACCUGUCCCAAGUUAGCGGGUCCGGCCCGGAUGGCAGAAUCUCAAAGAAGGAUAUCGAGGGCUUUGUUCCGCCUAAAGUUGCCCCGGCUGUACCGGCAGCCCCCGGUGCUCCCUCCCUUGGUGUCCCCACCCCCGCUGUGGCAGCAGUGCCCACCGGCACCUUCACGGACAUCCCCAUCACCAACAUCCGCAGGGUGAUAGCGCAGAGGCUGAUGCAGUCCAAGCAAACCAUCCCCCACUACUACCUGUCUGUUAACAUCAAAAUGGACCAAGUGCUGGACCUGAGGAAGGAACUCAAUGAGGUGGUGAAGGCAGACAGCGUCAAGCUCUCUGUGAAUGACUUCAUCAUCAAGGCCUCUGCUCUGGCCUGUUUAAAGGUGCCCGAGGCCAACUCCUCCUGGAUGGAUACAGUGAUCCGACAGAAUCACGUGGUUGAUGUCAGCGUCGCUGUCAGCACAGCUAAUGGCCUUAUCACUCCUAUAGUGUUCAACGCGCACAUCAAGGGUCUAGCUGCCAUCAGCAAGGACGUCGCCUUGCUGGCCGGCAAGGCCCGCGAGGGCAAGCUGCAGCCUCAUGAGUUCCAGGGUGGCACCUUCACCAUAUCCAAUCUUGGCAUGUACGGCAUCAAGAACUUCUCAGCCAUCAUCAACCCCCCUCAGGCCUGCAUUCUGGCCGUGGGGGGCUCUGAGAAAAGGCUACUGGCGGCAGAUAACGAGAAGGGGUAUGACGUAGCUAACAUCAUGUCUGUGACGCUGAGCUGCGACCACAGGGUGGUGGAUGGGGCGGUGGGCGCCCAGUGGCUGACGGAGUUCCGGAAGUAUCUGGAGAACCCCGUCAACAUGCUGCUGUGAACCAGCAGUCAGACCUCCCGUGACCCCUUGCCACUAUCUAACUUGUCUUCAUGAGGACACCCGGAUAAGCCAACAUCGUUCAUGGGACGUGUGCUGCCCUUCAUAAAUGUACUUGUUUCUCCUUACUUCUCUCUCUCUCUUUCUCUCCCUUAUACAUACAUACUCGUCUGGUUUGAUCCAGUGAACUUCAACAAGGGCCCAAACGGAAGCUAGAGGUGUCAGAAACCUUGUCGCUUGGUUUACGGGGGCUUAGUCCAAUUUCAGCAGCAGUCUAUCUCCAAUUCAGAAGUUCUUGUAAACGGUUGUUACAAACAAUUGCAGUCCACAUAUGAAACUCCUAUAAGUGAUAUUUAACGAUUGGGUGAAAAGAAUCUUUCAGUCUUGUGUGUUCUUGCUUCCGUCCAGUGGGAUGGGCCACUGCAGGUGUGGUUUGGGUUCUGUUGAGUGUUAUAAUCUGUUAAGCACGUCUCGGGAUAGACUGUAUAUCUGGAGUCCCAGGCACAGCCGGAGAGACGGGUGCGGAGCAAGGGCUUUUUUGGAUUACUUGAGGAUGAGGGUGCCGAUCAAAUUGGGGACUUUUGUGUGUCUCGGCCUGAAUCUGGGGGCACAGGAUGAGCAUGAGUCCUGUGAACAUGGGAACAAGCUUGUUUCAUAUUGGAAUCCUUUAGGUUUUCUCCUCCUCCCCCCUCCCUUUAAAAUUUUCAAAUCCCCCCUCGAUUAAGUUGUACCUGUGAAAAAUGCUAUUUUACGUACAUGGAAAUUUGUGUGUCUGGAUGUCUGCUGGUUUGCUUGGAGCACAUAAAUUUCCUGUGUCAGGUCAGAGCAAGGGGAAUGUCUUAUUCCAGUUAUUCCCUUGCAGUUUGGAAGUGUGCCACUAGGGGGAGGAGGCCUUUUUAAGUAUGUGAAAAGGUAAAAUUCUGAAUAUGAAAACUGGCUGUUUGGGACGGGGGCAAAAAAAAAGCUUAAUGUGGAUGAAAAGUCAGGUCAGUUUCUAUGCUCGUCGAGUGAUACAGCCAUGUAACAAACGAAUGGUGUUAAUGAAUUGUUGACAUCACUUUUCUUCCUUAAAUGAUGCAGAUUGGAAACGGUUACAGUAAAAUUAUGUGGGGGUUCAGUUUUGUACUUGUUUCAUAUCAGGCUGGUAGAGUUUCUCUCUGGUGCAGUUGGCUCUAUGACGGCCGGAAGGUGGAUGUGGAGAUCAUGGUCGUGCCGUAUCGCGUAAUUCAUUGCCCGUCACAAAGCCACCUGUAUCGUUAAUAGGUGGUGCCCCCCCCCCCCGCUGCCAUUAGUGUCCACUCGCGCAGACUCCUCACAUUAGAUAUACAGUCUGGUUACACUAGUCGAACCUUUAACUGGGCGGGCAGAGAAGUCGCUUCUGAUGCAGCCUGGAGUAUAUGGUCACCGUGACCUUGGUUUAUUUCCCAGACAGCACUGGCAAACUUGCUUAUGUUCUGUUGCAUACAUUUUUUUUUUUUUUGUAUUUGUAAGACCACACUGUAUGUUUCCCUGCGGCUCAAAGCAGGGAUUAUACAGUUCAUACCAAAAUGUGCAAUUAUUCCCCCCCCCCCCCCCCAAAAAAAAAAAAAUAUGGAGAGGUCUAAUUUGUGUGUUGCUGUUUUGAUUGUCUUUCAACUGGUCACAGAUAAUUAAAAAGCCAUUGUCAUGGGCAGAUAUGCUGGGAAGCUCGAGGGCUGAAACAUCUGCAUUAAAUGACCAAACAUAAUAUUACAAACAUGUUCAAUAUUAUCGGUUGGGAGGUACAAGGAUCAAUUUAAAGCAUGAAAAUGGUUUUUCAUAAGUAACAGCCUCUCCAGUUUUUUUUGAUCUGUAUCUAUUAAAAGAUGAAAUUAUGACAGUUAUAUGUGGCCAAAACAUCCAGGUAGCAAUUGUAGUGUGGGCUCAGUCCUGCUCACAACAAAGAGUGUUUACAACACACACACUCCAUCUGGAAUGGAACGGCUUAUAUUAAGCUGUGCGAUUUAUAUCAAUAUACAAUCUAAUUUACUCAGCUGCCCAUCAAAAUUGGAGAAAAAAAAAUCUGUCGUUGAAAGGUGCAUCGUAAACACAUUAUUUAUGCUUAUGUAAAUGGGAUCCUUCCGUUUAGCUAUUGAUCAGCCCAAAAUUUUUAGUGUUUGUAAAGGUCAACGCACACAGUGGGUUGUAAAAACAGAUUAAAGGAUUCUUUUGUUCCA